UGCCCACGCCCCACCUUCGACCCCGCCCCCCACCGCGCCGGCGCCAUGGCCGCCCAGGGGAUCCGGACGCUGGCGCGAGUAGCCCUUGGGAGGCCACUGCCUUGGGCCGAAGGCUUCCGACAGCAGCUCAGCUCAACUUUCCGUUCGGCCUCCGAAGGAGCCUGCGGCGGCUCCGCGCCCGGCUCGUGGAGAACGCCCGAAGGAGAGCCGAGGCGUCCAGAGAGCCGAGAGUUAACAGCGGCGGAGAGCCACAUCGCCGAGCUGCACCGGGCGGCCUGCGCGGUGAGGCCCGCUCCAGCCUACCCCGAGGCCUCUGCGCCUGCGUACGCCUGGCCUCCGACCCCGAGGCUGCCCCGGCCGGAGCACCUCCGGCGUGGGGCCCGUCGGCCCGGGCCCGGUGCGUCCGCUCAAAGGGACCUGCGAGAAACCCGGUCGCACUUCUGCGUUCCGGACAGAGAGGCUGGCCACCUAAGCUACAUGGACCCAGCUACCGGCUUUGUGGUUCUCACAAGGCUGGCCCACUUGCAGAGAGGUGCCUGCUGUGGAUCUGCCUGCAGACACUGUCCAUAUGGCCAAGUCAAUGUGAAGGAUCCAUCCAAGAAGAAGCAAUUCAACUCCUAUUUUUAUGUUUGACAACAACUUCAUCUCUAGUCUGUCAAAUUAAGUGUGCGUUUUUGAAAAUAAAGCCCUAAUCUAGAA